CCUAGAGGUUGAUUCUGCUGAUGGAUAUCCUUUGGCAGUUUGUGCCCAAUGUUAUUAUAAAAUUUUGGAUAUUCAUCAAUUUCAAGGUAUGUGUCGCGAAUCUUUGGAAGAAUACAAUGUAAUUGAGUGCACUGAAGCCACGAAUACAUUGGAAACACAUGCGGAGGAAUUAGUUUUAAAUGCUGAAUCACAAAAUAAUGCUUCUAUAACAAAUUUUGAAGUUAAUAUAAUCUCGCCAGAAGACAAAAAACAAGCAUUCGAUGAAGAAACUUCCCAGGUAGUGGAUCCGCUAGCCUCACACACAAAGCUUGAAUUAUAUUUGAGCAAUGUCAUCGUAAAAAAUAAACCUGGAUGUACACUGGAUACUGCAAAGAAGGAACAGAGGAUUACAAAUGAAAUGCUGAAAUGCGAGACCUGUAGUAAAAUGCUUCCUACUCAACAUUCCCUGGAUGCCCAUAAGCGUAGACAUCUUGGUUUAUUGGGAUAUCCUUGUAAAUAUGAAAAUUGUGGUCGAGGUUUUAAUAACUACCUGGAGUGGAUCCAUCAUGACAACGAGCAUAAGGGCAUUGCCAACUCCUUUAAGUGCGACAUUGACAAUUGUAACGAGGUGUUUAAACUCUAUGGAGCGUUAAACCAUCACAAGCGAAAGGAUCAUAAUUUAGUAAGAAGCUCAGCGAAUGGCAAACAAGUAGAGCUACGUUAUGCUUGUGACGAGGAAGGAUGUACGCGACGAUUUGACAUAUUGUCAAAGUUACAAAUACAUAAGAAACGUCAUGCUGGCAUCAAGGAUUUUGUCUGCCCAUACUGUGGCAUGCGGAAGACCACAAAAACUGAACUUAACAUUCACAUUAACAUCCAUACAUUUGAGAAAAAGUAUUCUUGCCCCAUCUGCUCGAAAAUAUUUCGCUGUGUGGGCAGUGUGAGCACACAUAUACAUCAUGUCCAUGAACGCAGACGUAGAACAAAAGGGUCGAAGCCGCCUGCGUCUGCAUCUAGGUACCCAUGUAGCAUUUGUGGACGCCUAUUAGCAAAUUUGAUAAGUUUAAAAAAUCACGAGGAUACCCAUGCAGCUGAGAAAGCUUAUGCUUGUGGUGAAUGUGGUAAAAAAUUUUCCACACGCAUGGGUCGCUACAAUCAUAUGAAAACGCAUAUCAAGGGUGAGAAACCCCACAAAUGUGAAGCAUGUGAGAAGCGAUUUAGUAUGAAAAAAAAUUUAUUAAUUCACCAAGCCCUGCAUAAGGGGACACACAGUUUGUAUGUGUGCGAGAUUUGCGGCCAAUAUUUUAAAUGGCCUGGAGCCUUUUACAGCCACAAAAAGAAACAUUUGAAUGUGGGCACUACUGAAGUUUCUACUGAUAAUCAAAUGGAUUUGGAUGGUGUUGUAAAUGAUGAAGAACCCCUCAAAGGGAUUUGCGAAAUUUCGGCUGAUAAUGAGGUGGAAGUGGAUGUUGUACAGGUUUAAAAAAAUAUUUUUUAUAUUGAAUCGUUGAGUUGAAUUCUUUUUAAGUUUUCUUUUUUAAAUGCUUAUCUUUAAUGAAUUGUU